AAAUGAUUCAGGAGGGCCAUCACCUUGGCCGUUUGAUAAAUAAAGCUUUUCGCUUUCCCUCUAAAAACCUUUCAAUGGCUUCUAUUCCUUCAGCGCUUCUGGGUCUUCAACUUCCCGAUCAUCAAUGCCCUCAUCUCACAUUACACUUCCCUAGAAAUUAUUCAAACACUCCCCCUUCUCUCCACUUCCCUGGACCGGGUUUUCACACAAUAAAUCCCCUCAAAAUCAAGUCCUCAAGAGCAGUCAAAUUUGCUGCCACGGGAUCAGACUCCACGAAACCCCUAGAGCCAGACCCUCAAACUCUUCUCCAAGAAGUUGCAGACAGUUUUGCCCUCCCUGCUGAUUAUUUUUCUCAGCUGCCUAGCGAUCUUCGUCUAGAUCUAAACGAUGCUGCCUUUGAUCUUUCAAAUGGUCAAGUUCAACUAGAGUGUGGGGAAGAGCUCGGGGAGACAUUGGUUAAUAUUAGUCGAGCAUGGGAGCUGGCUGACACAUCAACCUCCACAGCUUUAAUGAACAAGGUUCCUCAGCUAGAGAGCUCUUUGACCGGUUAUCAAAAGUCAGCACUGGGAAAGCGCUUAUUAUCUGCUGGAAGGAGGUUUCAGGCCAUGGGACAGUAUGGUGCAGGUGAAGUACAGCUGAUUGCUGAAGUGAUGAUGAGGAGUGGGAUGCUUUUGUCCAGAUGUUCAGUAUCUGGAGGUACUGAUGAAAAAUUAAAGCAGCAAACCCAAACUCUUAAGUUUGGUGAGCUUCAGGUUGCACUGACAUCAGGAAAAGCAUACUUUGGAGCUGCCAUUGGUGCGGUGUUUGGGAUCCUUUCAUGGGUAUUAAGCCAACGCGUUGCAAGUAUACCUGAGAGCUCAUUUCAGUAUUCAAAUGACAAUGCUUUGUUACUUUCUAAGUCAUUGCAUGGAGCUCUGCUUGCUCUUCUUUAUUCCUCGGCCAUCUUGUCUGCUGUUACAACAGUUGGACUUAUUUUACUUGCCAGACAGCUCAAGCCAGAUGAUAAAUGAGCUUGAAGUGCCAUCUCUCGAGUCAAUAGAAGUUUGGUUCAGAUGUAAAUAGACAACACACUGUCCUUGAUCUACUCUCGAAAAGACUUGUCUUCUGCUACUUAGCUGUGUUAUCAAAACCGGACCGGGAGGUGACCCGGGCAAGGGACCGGGUCAAGGGUCAACCCAGACCCGGGAGGGUCAGCCCGGUCAACGGCGGGUCAACCCGGUCAACGUUGAUUAAAAAUAAUAUAUAUUCCUAUAUUCAUAAACGCACACGCACACAGUGAUACACACACACAUAUUAGAUACACACUUAUAUAUUAGAUUAGAGGUAUAUGUUGAAAAGCCACUCAUUCAAAAUUAAUAUUGAUUCUAAAAC